AUGAGUUCCGGGUCUGAAGAUUACCCUUAUGGUGAAGAUGAUUCCGAUGUUGAUCGUGACUUUAAUCCCAACGAGUUAAGUGCCCAAUUAAGUGGAUCAAGCUCAGAAAACAGUGAUGUAAUCGAACUUAACCUCGAAAAAAGCAGGGGCGAGCCAUUUUACAAGCAUCUUAUAGGCACCGCUCGAGGUAUCUGUAAAAAAGGAAAAAUAAUCUAUGACAUCAAUCCUGUUGAAAUAAGUACUGAUCAUCGCAACAUCAAUCCGGAAAAGAUCAAAAACGUGGAUGAGCUCUUGACAGGCCAUUUUGGUUCAACCUGGAAAAAGGAAGCUGAAAAUUUACGACUUCAGUAUUAUCGAGAUGAAAACCGUGGCAAUGAAGAAGUAGACGCUCAAGAAGAGCCUUAA